AUGAAAGUUAAAGCUGGCGGUGCCCAAAUCCACAAUCGUGCCGCCAUAGCCGUUGGCAUUCGACACGAGAACUGCGCGACGAGAGAUACGAGCUACGUUGCUCCCGACGAGAAGCCGGGACUUCCUGAAUUCGGCCGCAGACGACAUUCUCCCGAUACCCAACAGAUUCGAGCUUACCUUCCAAUCGACGGAGAGAACGAGGGUAUCGGAGUUGUUGGAAAUCGUUCGAACCCUAGCAGUCCUAACCCAAAAAUCGGCGACGAGAACCUCAUAAGCACGGAUACGACUCCGCCAAUUGACAAUCCUGCGAUAUGUUAG